ACGGGAGGCAGCAGCGACUGCAGUCAGCUCAGCCUCCACACACACUCACACACAUACACACACACACACACACACACACACAUCUGGAUCAUCAGUGACAUCUGGAGAACUCUCCUCGUUCUCGGUGGAGACAACGAGGAGCUCAGCGCUGUAUGUUUCAUGUUUGGGAUGUCGGGGGAAGAGAAGUGAAGCCGUUUGAACAUCUCUGAUCCUCCCACAGCUGAGAGGAAGAAAAGGACGAAUCAGCCAGAGGAGGAAAAAAAGACACACAGUGUGAAAGCUGCUGCCGCUGCCUGUGAUUGACUGACUGAGUGAAGUGAAGUGAAGUGAAGUGAAGCGAAGCGAAGUGGAGUGGACAGGAUGCUGACUGCUUUGAAAAUCUGAUCCGGGACUCGGGGCGGGCUGUGGGCGGCAGAACACGGUAGCCGUGAUUCACAAAACCCGACUUGGCGUGAAAACAAAGACACCAACUACGACGAGGCUCCCGCAUCACGAGACGAGCUGCCGAGUGAAGAGCAGAGGGAAUCAGCUCGGGUGGGGAAGGUGAAGGUUUGUUUGGAGAGAUGCUCUGCAGCCUGGUCUGACUACUUCUCUGGAAAUUAGUUUGAUGUCGGCUUAAUGCUCGAGAGAAAUCGAUCAUAAAAGGAAACAAAUUGUAGGACUGAGGAUUCAGACAUGCUUCAGUCUACUGAUGGAUUGUAGAGGUGAGAGCAAGUCACAGCUGCUCUGAUGAUGUUUCCUCUGUCUGGAAUAAAAACUGACGAUCAGGGAGAAUAUUUUAACACCACAAUGUGCUCCAUCUGCGUUCCACUGUACCAAACACCUGGAUGAGUUUUAAACUUUGACUCUUAUCUUUGAACCACAAUAUUUCCCUUUCAUUCACCUGAACCGAGGCAGAGCAGAGGAGUGUUUGUUGACACACCUGCACCUCUCACUGAUCUCAUGCAGCCACCUCUCCUGUUUUCCUGCUGGCCUCUCCAGAUGGCUGCCGCGCUGCCUGGUGGAUGCAAAUGCAGUCGCCUCAUUCAACAUUAACAGGGCUGAACAAAACAAACGAUCAGCUGGAAGCACACAUGAAACUGAGCCAGUGAGCACUUGUUCUUUGCCCUGUGGCUUCAAUACAGCAAAGCAAAUAAGAUUUCAGUCUUGGACGUGUCAUGAAAAAGAUCAGAGUGAAACACUGACUCUGGGAGAUUCGCCCUGUGGCAGAAACACAGCAGAGCAGCAGCAGAGAAGAUACUUCACUUCAAUGUGUAACUGGAACCAGAUCAAAAUGCAAACUGUUCAGUGGGAUGUGUUAGUCCGUCAGGAGUCUGUUUGUGUUGUUCAACAAAUGAGAUGAAUCCGACUAAAGAAGGAUGUGAAGCUUCAUGUUCUCACUGCUGUAAAGAGGAGACGGUGACAGAGAUAUAAGAAACAGGUCUGAUGCCCACAGAGCUGCUGGCGUCAUGUUGUGUGUUGCUGGUAACGCUGGUGUCCUGCAGGGUGUGGUAGCAGCUUCACCAUCAUUGUGGUCUGUUGUUGUGUUGUUGGUCUGGCUCAGCCCAGUCCAGACCUCCAUCUGCCAGUCUCAGGACUCUUCUCAGGCAGCCCGCUGCCUCUGUGCCUCGGACAUCCUGAGCUGCACCGCUGCCGGCCUGGAGCGGGUCCCCGCAGAAAUGCCCGUCUCUGCCGUCACUCUGGAUCUCAGCCACAACCGGAUCGAGCAGCUGGAGGGGGGCGCCUUUGAAGGACUUUAUCGACUGGAGACGUUACGGUUAGCUCACAACCUGCUGACCGCUGUUCAGCCGGGGGCAUUUCGAAACACCUCUGGGACUAUGCUCCAACAUCUGGACUUGUCAUCCAAUCAGCUUCGUGUUUUGGAGCCACAUUAUUUCCAGGAUUUGCCCGGACUGGAGGAACUGCUGCUGUUCAACAACCGGAUCGUCCGUGUGGAGAUCAGAGCUCUGGCAGGACUGAACAGCCUCCGCAAGGCCUACCUCAGUCACAACCUGCUCACUGACUUCCCCUUCUUUUCUAUCCAAGAGCACAGCCAUCCUCACCUGUCCAUGCUGGACCUGUCCUCAAACCGCCUGCCUAAACUACCCCUGGAGGACAUAUCAAACUUACCCCUGUCAGUGCAGAGAGGACUGUACCUGCACAACAACUCUCUGGUGUGUGAGUGCUCCAUGUACGGACUUUUGCUGCACUGGGAACAGAGAGGCUUCGCCUCCGUCACAGAGUUCAGGCAGGAGCACACCUGUCUGGCCUACGGGAUAAAGAAAGUGCGUUUCUUCAGGAAUGACCGGUACUCUGAAACAUGUAACCUGACAGCCAUGAUUGGGCUGCUGAAGGAGCAGAACAGCAGUGUCUCAGUGAAGGCCGGGGAGCCCGUGGUGCUGCACUGUGUGACCACUCUCAGCGGGCAGCACGUCACCUUCCUCUGGGUGUCACCCAAUCAGGAGUACGUGGCACCGCCAGGAAACAACGAAUCAUUAAAGAUGUUCACUAACGGCAGCCUGAAGAUCGUGGCAGCACGUGCAGAGGAUUCUGGGAUCUACUGGUGCAUGGCUCGGGACCUGCAGCGGCAGCGCAACGAGACGCGAGAGGUCAACGUGACGGUGGUGCUGCACCCUGACCGGGAGCUUCAUGAGUCCUUCAACACGGGAUUCACCACGCUGCUGGGCUGCGUGGUGAGCCUGGUGCUGGUCCUCAUGUACCUGUACCUGACGCCCUGCCGCUGCCCUCCCUGUCGCAAGGCCUCCGCCCCCGCCACGGCCACCUCAAGCCAGGGGAACGAGGUCGGGGCAGGGAGCGCCCAAUCCUCCAUCCUCACCCCCACCCCGCCAGCAUCCACUGAGGGCCCGGGCCGCAAGGUCAGUACCAACAAGCAUGUGGUGUUUCUGGAGCCAAUCAAAGAGCAGCAGAACGGCAGACUGAGGGCGGGGCCUGUAGCAGGGGGACACCUGGGGCCGGGGUUACUGCUAGGGGCAGAGCAGCACUCGAAGCAGCAGAGGGCAGGAGAGACGGACUCCAUCAUGUCCGUCUUCUCAGACACUCCCAUCAUCUCGCCAUAGCAACGGGACCAAUAGAGAGACACAGACUAAGAUCACCUGUCCCUCACUUCCUGUUUCUCUGGUCAUCUCCUCACCACCUCCCACUGCACCCAGCACUCCUCCUGAGCAGACCAGUGAUCCACUCUGACCGACAGCUUCUCACCUUUAGCUUCUCAGAUGAAACAGAUCAAGUGCAAUUUAAACCAAAUGAACUAUUGUUUCCCUCACUCAGCUCCACGGCCACGAACCAACGCACUGUGACGGGACGGGCUCUCACAGACAGACAGUGUAGGGACGAUAGUGAGGACAGACAAACCUGUCAGGAUUCAAUCAGACCAAGAAUAGAAAGAAGCUGCAGAAACAGUCUCAAAGUCUGAGCCAGGAAACUGUAACAGUGUGCAGAAACAGCUGAGAGGACGUCAGGAGGUCUCACAGCAGGUGCAUGGACUGCUUCUCACACAGCACUGGGCUGUCCCUUUAAGCACGGCUUGUACCUUUAAUGAACAUUUGCUACCUUCUUGAUGCCUUCUCGUCUCGUACAGAGACACAGAGAGAAAACUAAGAUCUUUUUGUAGAGCUUUUUAGCAUCUUCUUUGUUUCUGUCAGUUAGAAAACAACCUGCGUAGUGUAGCUGCGUCUGUCACAACUGCGUUAGAGUAGACAAGCCAGACAGAAGAAGAAAAGCUUUUAGUGAGUAAAAAUAGAUUUUUAAAGGAUAAGGUUUGAUUCUCAACUCCCUCUUUCUCUUCCUCUCCCUCUCCACUCCUCCUCCUCCUCUGGUACAUGAUUACUGUCAUCAGUAAGAACUGGAGUUCAGAAAAACAAAAGAGUAAUAAUAAAUAAAACCCUCUGGAACAUCAGCUGACAAUAUUAAUGCUGAAGAAGAAGUAGAAGUGUUUGUGGGUUCACAUGGAGACUUUCUAAUGUUUUUUUUUAUUUACUGUGCAGAAUAAAUGUGACGAUGAACAGGUGACGAAGACAAGAUUUGCCUCUAUGGUGAAUAAUCAGCAGGACUGAGGGGAAAUCAGGGCCGAUGUGUUUUUGUGUUUUUGUCCUCACUGUAUUCACUGCAUCUCCCUCCUGCACUGCCUCUCCUCACUGUCUGCUGUCCUUUACCUGUGUGUUAAUAAACCUCUGUAUCUGACUGCAGGUGACGUCUGCCUUCUUAUUGUCACUGACAUCACAGUGGUGUGUGUGUGUGUGUGUGUGUGUGAUUGAGCAUGCAGCCCUACACCAACAGUCUUUGCAUACUCAGCCUGGACAAGCUGAAUACAUUUUUACAAUGAGUGCUUCAGGAAAUUUAAGUUUCUUCUUGCAAAAUAACAGACUUCACAGUGAAGUCUGUUCUGUUUGUAGUUUCCAUAUUCUGCUGCUGCUGUUUAAAAAGAGACACAGUGACAGGAGCAGAGGGUUUCAGAGAGCAGCAGGUUCCUACAAAACUCAAUAUGUGGGUUUUAAAACACAGUCGAGAAAUAAACAAGAACACUUGAUAUGAUCUUCUAGGCUGUGAAGUAAAUGACAUGUUUGUUAACCUGCUGAUGUCAGCAGCAGCUGUCUGUUUCCACUGAUCCAACCAUUGAACCAGUAACACAACAACACCAGACUCCCUUAACAAAUGUAGUGAAUUUAAGAGUUGUUUCAUGAGGAGAAACU